AUCAGUCGCUUCUUGACCGUGGUGGAAGGCGGUCACUCGUUUUUGUGCUCCCGGUGAAUGCGCGAACGGAUGUGCACACGAAAUGGCGUGGGAAAUGGGUGAACGUAAUUUGGCAACCUGCACCAGACGUCUAGAUGUGAGCAGUGGCAGCAAAUAAGGCAAGAAAUUGAUUUUAAUUGGGGUUUUCCGCGAUUAUUUACUUUACCGCGCGGCUCAUGUGGCAGGAGUUUCUCCCCCCAAACAACGGCAUUUUUUUUAAAUAUUUGCGCUUGUAUCACUUUUCGCACUAGAUGGUGCACAAUUCCAGGUUUCUGCCCGUUUGCAGCUCGUACACGAAGACAUUCCAUGUACGAACGAGUUCCUGUGCAGUCGGGCAACGCUGCAGCCAGUUGGGUAUUUUGUUGAAUUGUUUUCUAGCAUUUUUUUAAGUGCAGUUUGCCGGAAAAUUGAAAAUAACGCGAAAUUGCGCUAUGCAUCGGGUUAUUGCCGAAAACAUCGUUGUCUAGAUGUGUGGGCAAAAAUUGGAUUGGAAUUCCCAUUGCUCGGGUGAAGCUGGCGCGCGCCGGCAACAGCGCGAACCGACAGGGAGUGGCAAUGAUCGAGGCCAUGCGCUAGAGGGCGCCAGCCGCCUGCGUCAAACCACCCCGUAAUCUGUCACGCGACUGUCAGUGUUGUGUUGUGCCCGUGACAGCUAUGUAGCUUUAAAAAAUCGCACAGAGAGUGAAAUCGGCCUAAACGCGCACAAAAGCGACCACUUGGUGCACAAUGUCGAGCUUGAGUUGGUCGUGCCCGUGCUGUUUGCGGUUCAUGUUCAGUCCGGAGGAGAUGGAGCAGCGCUACAAGAGCCAGCAGAUCGACAAAAUGAUCGAGAAGGACAAACAGGCGCUCAAACGGCAAAUGAAGCUGCUGCUGUUGGGGGCGGGCGAGAGCGGCAAGUCCACCUUCCUGAAACAGAUGCGAAUCAUCCACGGCAUCAAGUUCGAGACGCAGCAAGUGCGCGAAUACCAGCAGGUGAUCUAUCAGAACGUGCUGAAGGGGAUGCAAGUGCUGGUGGACGCGGCCGACAAGCUGGGCAUCGCCCUGGAGGAGAACCAGCACGUGGAGCUGGGCAGGCAACUGUUGCAGCUCAAGUUCCACAACAGCACCAUCCUGGACUGCAGACAGUUCAUGCAGUAUGCGCCCCUGUUGUCGUUGCUGUGGAGGGACGCGGGCAUUCGACGGGCCUUCGACCGGCGCAGCGAGUUCCAACUGAGCGACUCAAUUGAGUACUUCCUCAACAAUUUGGAGCGCAUCGCGCAGCCCACCUACAGUCCCACGCACAAGGACAUCCUGCACUGUCGCAAAGCGACCAAGGGAAUCACCGAGUUCAUCAUCCCCAUCAACAACAUCCCCUUCCUCUUCGUGGACGUGGGGGGGCAACGGUCGCAGCGCCAAAAGUGGUUCCAGUGCUUCGACUCGGUCACCUCCAUCCUCUUCCUGGUCUCCUCCUCCGAGUUCGAUCAGGUGCUGCUCGAGGACCGCAAAACCAAUCGGCUGGAGGAGGCGCGCGGCAUCUUCGACACCAUCGUGAACAACGUGAUCUUCAGCACCGUGUCGAUCAUCCUCUUUCUCAACAAGCACGAUCUGCUGAAGAAAAAGGUGAAGAACCCGGAGACGGACAUUCGGCCGUUUUUCCCCCAGUUCAAAGGCAACAGCCACUCGAUGGACGAUGUGCAACAGUUCAUUCUCUAUCUGUUUGUGAGUGUGAAACGCGACGCCAAAAAGCCGCUCUACCACCAUUUCACCACGGCGGUGGACACCGAAAACAUCAAGGUCGUCUUCUAUUCGGUCAAGGACACCAUUCUACACAGGAAUCUGGAGAAUCUGAUGCUGCAGUGACAGUGCGCGCGCGCGCCAUCUAGUGGGACGACCAAGACUGACUACCACUAAGUAAGUUGACUGGAUUUAAACUAGCCAUGCGCGCCAGAGGUGGUGAGGGGGCGGGACGCGCCAGCACAAAGGACUUUUUUGAGAAUUCCGAAACAAAAUGCUACCAAAGAUUCAGAAAUAAGUUACGCUUGCGCCCCCCAUCCCUCAGUGUGGUAUUUUUUAUAGACAUUUAUAUACAUAUAUAUAUAUAUAUACAUAUAAGAAAAUGUGAUAAGUAUCGGCAACUGUUCUAUUCUUCGACUUGUUGAUUAAUGUUUAUUUGUACAAAUAAUCCUGUAUAUUAGUAGA